AUGGCGGACAGAGAAGAGCUAGAGAGGCUUCAAGCCAUGGUCAAGAUACUGAUGGAUGAGAGAGAAGUGGAAAAGGUUGCCCGCGAGGCGCAGGAAAAGAAGGAUAAGGAGAUAGUACCCGUGAUGCACAUGUUCAAUCACCGGAAUAUGAUUACUUUUCCUGAAGCUAAUAAUUUUGAGUUGCGAAUGACCCUCAUACAAAGGGCCAUGACGAGCCCCUGUACGAGGCAUUUGCUCAUUCAAAGCCCUCCUCCACAAGUGCACCAACCACGGUUUCACCGUGGACCAUCAGGAUUUAAUGUGAGCAAAGGUGAAGUAGUUGAGCCUAUCAAAAAGGAUGAGAAGUAUGACCAAGGCAUCAUGAAAAUUUUAGAAGUGCUAGUGCAAGAAAGAAACACCAAUGACACCAAGAUUAGAGUUGUUAAGGCGAGAUUGAACAACCUCAAGCAAGGGAUAGGUAAGAUUACCACUGUCGUCACGAACAUUCAAACUCAAAUGGACCAAGUCCACAAGAAGCUCGAAGAAGACAAGGUAAAGGCAGCACCACGAGUGGUAGACAUAAGCAAGAAGUCAGUCGCCAAGCAAAAGAAGGACGACGACAGCGUCUAUGAAUGGCCCGCCACUGAGGAGGUAGAGGCACCACCCAAAAAGGAACUCGUGUGGCGCAACGGGAUUGUACUCACCCUCCAGCUGAAGAAGAAGUUCAAGCUUGAAGAGCAAUUCAAGCAUUUUCUCAAUAUGUUUUGCAAGGUCCAUACCUAUAUUCCUCUCGCUGAAUCGUUGCAAAAAAUACCUAGGUACGCAAAGCUACUAAGGGAGGCAGUGAUGAGAAAGAAAAAUCCCACAAAAGCCGACCUUAAGUUGCCUCACCAUUGCAGCAAGAUCAUCCAAAGGGAGAGAGUAGUGAAGCAAAGAGAUCCCGAUCAGUUCAUAAUUAGGUGUUCAAUUGGAGAAGGAAAAGUGGACAAGGCCCUUUGCAAUCUAGGGGCUAGCAUCAAUCUUAUGCCGCUGAAAUACUACGAGAAGCUCAAAAUCGGACCUCUCAAGACGUUGGAUGUAAGCAUAAGGUUGGCCGACAACACGGCCAUCAAAACUGUGGGCAUGAUUGAGGAUGUUUUGGUAAAGGUAGAUGAUUUCAUCUUCCCCGCCGAUUUCAUUAUUCUUGACAUGAAAGUAGACAAAAGUGUACCUCUAAUCUUAGGCAGAGAUUUUCUAGCCACGUGCAAAGCUCUUAUUGAUGUAGGUAGAGGCGAGAUCACGAUUAGCGACAAUUACAGCCACUCCACCUACAAGAUAGAGAAUGAAAUGCUUAAGUAUGAAGAGGCGCAACACGCUAAGAUGGAGCGUGAAUGCAGGGCGGUCAUGAUGACCGACACAUCUAAGCCUUUUAGGCCAUUAGAAGGGGAGGAUUCUUCUAACCCUUCUAUCUUUGUUGUCCAUGUUGUUCCUCAAGAGAAACCUAAAAGGAAGAAGAAAGGCAAGAAGAAGCCUCAAACUCAAGCAGAUCCGGAAGUCUAUGUGAUCAAGAACCCGAACGGAAAGUACCAAUGGUGGAAAAAGAUUUGCAACAAAAUGGUCAAGACAAUGACAACAAGAGGAAACCCCAAGAAUGCAAAGAACUAUGGGAUUAGCCUUACGAUGGAUGAUCAAAAGGCUAUGUGGAAGAAAGUGUCGGCGAGGGAGACGGCCUCCCCUACAAACUUUACGGAUUUUGGAUGA